AUGGCCCCCAACGGCCAGCCACAAUUCGCAUACUACCCUGCCGACUCACAACCGAGGCCGCAUUACGCCAGUCAUCCCUCCGAUAUGCAUUACUAUGGCCAGGUCUCGCCCUUCGCACAUGCUCAGCAACAGCCACACUGCAUGCCAGAGCACUACGCUCCGACAGUUAUGAACAUGCACCAGAUGGCCACCGCCAAUGCCUUCCGCGGAGCUAUGAACAUGACCCCCAUCGCCUCUCCCCAGCCGUCAAACUUCAAGGCGUCGCUUGCUGUGCAAGGCUCGCCUGCUUUGAUGCCCUUGGACACCAGGUUCGUCAGCAACGACUACUACGCAUUCCCCUCCACGCCUCCUCUUUCCACCUCGAGUAGCUCCGGGGGUAGCCCGCCUUCCACAACCGGUGCCCUCCACACUCCGAUGCACGAGAGCUUUUUUGCUCUGGAGAAGGUGGAGGGAGUCAAGGAGGGAUGUGAGGGAGAUGUCCACGCUGAGAUCCUGGCCAGUGUCGACUGGCAACGCUCGGCCUCGCCGGCCAUGACACCUGUCUUCCUCCACAACCCUUCAAUCUCCAGCCAGGGCUCAGAUCUCCUCUCGGCAAGCUCGUGCCCGUCUCUUUCCCCAUCGCCUUCCCCUGUUUCUUCCAUGUUCGGACAAUCACAAUCAUCCCUCCAGCUUGAGCACUCCACCUCUUUCUGCGACCCCCGGGAGCUUACGGUCGAGUCGGCACACCACGCUCCUACAGAGCUUCCUCCUCUGCCUUCUCUGUCUUGCGACGACGAGGAGCCCAAGGUAGUUCUCGGUAGCGAGGCCGUGACUCUGCCUGUGCACGAGAACCCCACUCCAUCUUUCACAACCUCCAGCGAGGACCCACUCAGCACACUUCCGUCUUUCGACAGCUUCACGGACCUUGACUCGGAUGACGAAUUCGUGAACCGCCUGGUGGACUUCCACCCUAGCGGAACCACAUUCUACCUUGGUGGCAAGCGACAGCGCAUGGGAACUUACUCGCUGGAUGAGGAUGAGUUCCUCAGCGAGCACGGCAUGGACGAGUCCGAGGAUCUGGAAGUCGCCCUUUCUGGUCUUCCUACCAUUCAGCUGGAUGGUGGUGAGACCGCGGAGGAUAUGGCCGCCAAGAAGCGUGGAAACCGCAAGUCGCUCAAGAAGGAAACCGAAUCAGAUUUCUCCAGUGUCCAGGCUCAGAUGCCCGUCAACGAGACUGCCGUUGAGUCUCCAGCACACGACCACGCCGACUGCCAGCGCCAGAACUCUGUUGUCAGCACAUCCGGCUCGGAGACUGCGUCUGCUCCCGUCUCGGUCAACCGCCGCGGUCGCAAGCAGUCCCUGACGGACGACCCUUCCAAGACCUUCGUCUGCACACUCUGCUCCCGCCGUUUCCGCCGCCAGGAACACCUUAAGCGCCACUACCGCUCUCUGCACACCCAGGACAAGCCCUUUGAGUGCGGUGAGUGCGGCAAGAAGUUCUCCCGGAGUGACAACCUCGCCCAGCACGCCAGGACCCAUGCUGCUACUUCAGUCGUCAUGGGCGUCAUCGACACCAACAGCGCCCAGGCGUACGACGAGCGAGAUCCAUCAACGAUGGGUGUCCUCUAUGACGCAGCGACCAAGUCGACCACCACUGCAUCGGACGACAGCACAGAACCCUCUGUCGACCGACGCUCGCUCAAGAAGCGCAAGCGAGAGGAAAGCAAUGCGUGA